AUGACAUACACAGAAAGAACACUUCGGAGCCUGAUGAGCGAAAUCCGGCAUCAGAUCGAUGGGAUGGAAAAAAAAUCGGGCUGCCCGAACUGGGUCCUGAAACUCCUCGUUCACCGACUGGAAGUGACUGUUGCUAUGAGAUCUUUGGGUGGCCUUGCGGGGGGUAGGCUGUGCGAUACUUGGACUGGGACACUUGGCAUCCUGAUUAGCCAUCCAGAACUUCACAUUAGCGUGGAAAGCUCCCAUGGUCCUUUGGAAAGGCUGUCUCGCCUUGCCACGUUUAGGAAGGCUAAAACAUUGAGUAUAGAUGGUUCGAUCUUUCUAAAUCUAGUGUCAGCGCCUAACAACUGGACGGGCAUGCAAGUAGGCUCAAUUGACGUUUCGCGGGUUACAGGAUCGGCCACACUAAUGCAAACACUGCUCCGAGACGGGCCGCUUUCUGCCUACCAGCCCGCCUAG